AUGCCAGGAGAACGACCAACCGUCCGUUUUCAACACUUCGACGUGUCGUACCCUGCGGAACACGUUAUCCAGGUCACGAUCAACAGACCCGAGAAGCUCAAUUGCAUCAACAAGGCGACGAGCGCCGAGAUCGCCGAGGUCUGGAAGCAGCUGGACCGAGAUGAGAGCUUGUGGGUGGGUAUCAUCACCGGGGUGGGGCGAGCAUUUUGCACGGGGGCGGAUCUCCACGCAUUCGGGAGGCGCACAAAUACGCAAUGUACCUACAUGUACCUCCCUCACAUUUUCCGUACCCCAUCUGACGCGCCAGCAGAAUGGAACGACAUGAACAAGGCCGGCGUGGUCAACGACAUGGGUGCGCCCGGCCUGGCGGGGCUGCCGCGGCGGAGCGGCAAGAAGCCCAUCAUCGCGGCGGUCAACGGGCUCUGCAUGGGCGGGGGCUUCGAGAUGGUUGCCAAUUGCGACAUUGUGCUCGCGUCCUCGGCGGCCGUCUUCGCGCUGCCCGAGGCCAAGCGGGGCAUCGUGCCCGUGGCGGGGUGUCUCCCGCGCCUGGCCCGCACGCUGGGGUUGCAGCGCACCAUGGACCUAGUUCUGACGGGUCGUAGCGUGGAUGCGAAGACGCUGGCCGAAUGGGGUCUGGUUACGCGACUGGUGGAUGGUGGUGCUGCUGCUGGAGGUGAUGGCGGCGAGGUUGCGAAGGCGGCGGUUAAGCUCGCGCGGGAGAUGUGUCAGAACAGCCCAGAUGCGCUCAUUGUCGGGCGUGUGGGGGUGCGCAUGAGCUGGGAAGAGGGCGAUGUCGAAACAGCCGUGUCGGCCUUGGAGCACGAGUGGUAUCCUCGGUUGGUGCAGGGAUACAACUUUGGCGAGGGUAUCCGGGCGUUUGUGGAAAAGCGACGGCCAAUGUGGCUGGAUUCGAAGCUCUAG